CAAAACUGGAACUUUCCUAAGAUUCAUUCCGGAAAGCACAUAUUCGAUGACAUCAUGGCGAAAGGCGCCGCCCGCAACUUCAGUACUCGACCCAAUGAAAAGCAACACGGGCCAAUCAAAAAGUGGUAUCUACGGCAGACCAAUCGUAAGAAUAUCGCUGAUCAGAUCCUUGAGCUCGACCAUAGGAGUGUUGUCUCCGAAUUCAUUCGUAGCCGUAUCGAGUACCUUGAUGAGGAACGACGCAAAGCCCUGCUCUCGCGGGAUGAACUCGAGGAUACGGAUGAGGAUGAUGACGAGCUGUUUGAAGAACAUCUUCAUAUUGGUUCACCCCUCAAGAAUCAUACAAGCUUUGCGCAAGUGGAGGAAGAAAACAAGUCAUCGCGCGCCUUUCACCAGUUCCGGAAGAAGCUCGCAACAUUUCUCAAUCACUUCCUU